CUGCAAGGCGAUUUCGCCGCACACAAAAAGAUUCUUGGCGAACUGGGGGUCGAGUCGAAACUCGUCAAGAAACCCGCCGACCUCGCCGGCGUUGAGGGACUCAUCAUUCCAGGCGGGGAAAGCACGACGCUGCUCAAACUCAUGGCCCCAGUGGCGAUGCGCCCCGCGCUUGAGCAAUUCCAUGCCCAAGGCCGACCCAUCUUCGGAACCUGCGCGGGCCUCAUCCUGCUGGCGCAGGAGACCCUGCCGCGUCAAGAGAGUCUGGGAUUCAUCGAUAUUGUGGUGAGGCGUAACGCCUACGGCAGGCAGAUUGACAGCUUUGUGGCGCUGGGAACGCCGCUGACGGACGACCUGAGCGCCGAACCCCUGGAGAUGGUGUUCAUCCGCGCUCCGAAGAUCGCCCAGAUCAAUUCCGGGGUGACACCCUUGGCCGAGUGCCGGGGCAAGGUCGUACUGGCUCGGCAGGGCAGUGUCCUCGUUUCCUCCUUCCACCCCGAGCUCACGCAAGACCGCCGCGUGCAUCAAUACUUCCUGCAGAUGCUCGCGGCGGGAUAA